AUGUCGUCUGUGUUGCAGGUGGCUCUGAUGGGUUCUGUGCUAAUGCAAGAAGCCGACCCGGCGCAGGCGUUCUCGCUGAGCCGGUUGCAGGCAGGAAACAUGAAUCUCGCUGCUUAUGCAUUUGUCAAAUUGUCCCCAACAUCUCCCCAUACUUGCAACGCAAAAGGCUAGUUACCGUGCGGCGGGAUCAUGCCUGAUCUAUCAUGCGCCUCGUGAUUUUUAAAGGUCCAUAGCUCCAUGAUUGCCCCGCCCUUGGAGUUUGUUUUUGCAUCUUGAGAAUGUACUGUUUUGUAAUGCAAGUCGCAGCUUUGGGUCGUUGGGGAAGAUUUGUUGACGCUGGAUACCGUACCGCCGGGAACCGCCGCAACAUCCGGAGGAUAUCCAGCCCCGCCGUACCAAGAUCCAACAGCGGAACAGAUUACGAGACCUGUGCGGCCACCAGUGUAUAGUAGUAGAACAAAUAGUCGUAGAAGUAGUCGUAGUACUAGCGGUAGUAGAAGACUGAAGCAGUUCCUCUCGUCUGUAGACAUUUUGGGAAAGCAGGGCUUCACGCGACGUCCUGGUCGUGAUGUGGCUGUGUAUAAUAGCAUGCUGGGGACACCAGAAGAUCACGACUUGCGCACAUGUCAGUUGCGAGAGAGUCUAGUGCAACAGGCCAGCGGCGAGGACCUGUCGUCGCGCAUAGCGGCGCAGCAGCAGCUCGCCGCCCAGGCGGAGCUUGAGCAGGCGAGGGUCCUGGCGCCAGCGCCCCUGCUCAGUGGGGAUGAGCUUUGUAGUCGCCUGCGAGCACUUCUAGACAGUCACACCGGUCGCGAUCCGACGCCAGUCGGUGCAAGAUUUAAGCCAAGCGGCAAAAGCAAACAGUCAGGUUGGAGGCCACAAAAAGUGUGGUCCCAACAUAGUUCGGAUGAGGUGGAUGAAGCUGCUGCUGGUCAUGUAGUGAACCAAUGGAAGCAGGAGGGAGAUUUGGAAGCGGCAUCGCACGCAACCGCGGUGGAGAUAGGACUCCCUGUAGGAGCUAGUACAACUACGCAGCAAGCGAUUCCGAAACUAACCCAGCAAAAGAUACACAGCACCUCCCGAUCGGGCGAAGUGCUAGAAGCUCGUCAAAACAGUGACGCCAUUUUAGAGCCGUCAAAUCGAUGCGGCAACCACAUUCCUGCUUCCGCAUUUGACAGCAGUUAUUGUACCAAACCUGCAGAAGUGAGCUGCGAUAGUUCGUCUUUGUUAGCGCCACCACCGGGAGCUGCAGUAGUCCCGACCACUAGUACUAGUGCAACAGCAAAAAUAAAGCAAAAUAAGUUGCCACUGCCGAUUAAUGCUGCGCGUAGCAGUAGGUGUCCCUUCAACUGCUCCGGCCCUUUAACAGCGGAGGUGCGGAAAACGCUGUCCUAUGACGAUUUCCUAAAUCAUCAAAGGCCCGCGGGCGAUGCGUGGAUGCCACCGGGACGAGGGGCACCGGUUCGGGAAGCCGAUAAUUCCUGGAGCACGCUCGGGCGAACGGGCAAGCGCGACCGGAAGGAACUAUGCAUUGCAAAAGCAUCGUACUAGUAUCUAUAAAUUGCAUCACAAAAAAAUUUUAUCAAAAGGAAAAAUUCAAUUUGUAAUGCUGAUUUAGCUAUGAGUCCAGAUUUGUCAUGCAUAGUUGCAAUUACUACGAGUGCGAUGCUUUUGCACUGCAUAGGAACUGACGGGCACCAACUCGCAAACGUCAACCAGCGCGUCAAACUCCGGAUGCGGUGCGACACCUGCAGCUAGUGUCAUGGACCAGCAGGGAAAUUGGAGUAUUGAACUUUUAUUUCCGCAUCAUAGCAGGAGCGAAUGGUUUGAAUAAUAGUACCGACUUCCCCCGUCGGAAUUUCCUUGUUCGCAGCGGUGGACAUGUCUGUGUCAGAGGUUUGGUCUAUCAUCAAAAGUGUAAAGCGUCGUCAAAAAUCAAGCAACUUUCCACAACAGACGCAACCAACGAGGAGAUCUGCACCGCCCCCGCACCUUCGGGACACGCGUCUGACGACGACCCUGCGGCAAGUUACCUCGUGCACAACUCGCAGGAUAAUGACAGGUAGGAGACGGUUUUAUGAUACACAAAUAAUGCCUUUAGCGUCAUCUUCAAGUUGCUUUUUUUUUAUGCUAUCCCUAUUGAGGAUAGCAAUGAAAAGUGAAAGGUUCUAAAAUUCGGGAGACUUCGAAGUCUUUGAUUUUUCAGGCUGUCUUCGGUCGCCGUGCCUAUGGACCAGUCGGCGCUUUCCACACCUCCGGAAAACAAUGGCACCGCGUUAGAUCCCCCCAUUCAGUACGGUGCGGACCGUAUCCCAAAUAAAAAGCUAGCAGGUGCCAGACAUUUGUAAUUCAUAGAACGAGUACAGAGAGAAAAAAGGCUUGCCUCUAGCAUGCUGCCCAGCAUAUGCAUUUAAUUCUGACAGAUUCUUCUGUGUGUUUACUUUUUGCAUUUACAAAUAUGACCUUGCUGCUAGCUUUUUUCUCCGGGAUAGACCAAAUCAAGGUAGUUCUACGGACCGAUGAUGUUUUGGAGGAGAUACUGAAUUUGCCCAUGGGCGACCCGCGGUUACUUCAGAUUGUGGACAGUCGCGAUCACUUGGAAGAUGAACUCGAGGGCAUCAAGUUUCUAGCGAGCUUGCGCGACUUGAAGGAUAAUCGAGGUGCAUCUUCCUAAUUGUUUUGAAUAAAGAGAAUUAAUAUUUGAUACUCAUUUUCUGUCUUUAGUUCUUCAUAUUUGUACGAGUUCUUCGAACGGCGUAUUCAUUGAAACUACUGCGAUCUUCGUGAAGUUGCCUUCCGUGACCUACUUAGGCACUUCAAGCCGCCCAGCCAACGAAUCCGAGGACGAAGAAGAGGAAACUACCGAGAGCAAGCGCUUGCGUACCGCCCACGCCUGGUCAGGAAGGAAAAAUGUAGACGAAGGUACUUUAUCGACUCAUUAUGACCUCCAGAGUUUUAUCAUCUGGAGGAUGCUCAUGCACGAUGGAUUUUAUGAGAACGAAAAGACUUUGGACCUGCAUUUGUUCAAAAUGGAAAAAACAGACACAUUGACGGACAGUCGGUAUCGGUUUGCGCAGGCCAUGGCGUCAAGCUUCGAGGAAACUUUAAUGGAUCUUGCUAUGCAGGAUCAAGAGGUCCAAUCCAAGGAGCCUCCGGUGACAAUUGGGAAGUGCGCAAAAACGAGCGGUAUAGAAGUUACGUACUUUCUAUAAUAAAUAUGUUCCUCCUCGUACUAUCGAAAUCUUCUUACUGAAAACAGACUUCAGUACAUGUGUCGUCGCGAGGUGGUCCUCUUCGGAAUUAUGCACCGCUUCAGCUACCUCCAGAAUCAUGUCAAGUAUCGAUAUUGAAAAAUAACGCACUUUCAUAGCCGGCCACGGAGGCAGCUGCUCGCAUCCCAACACGUUCUUCCCCUGGGCGUUUCCGGACCUCGCUGUCGAACGGGCCUCCGAUGUUUACAAGUUUUACACGAAGCUAAAAGACGUGGCUGCGCGCGAGGGCGCGGACCUCGGCCCGGAAGCGUUACUGGCACAGAUCGUUUUUCUCAAAGCGUCGUACCUGCGCGCACCACCCGCAAUGUCACAGGAACAACUGGAACGGAGCGCUGCCACAUCCACGGGAGCGUACACAGGAGCAUCCCUUUCCGUGCAGGGCGGGACUGUGUAUUCUUGAUAGGAGCAGUGUUUCUGAUUUUGGAGUGUUCACACUACACUGAGUGAUUUUUUGAAAUGCGCCGGAGUAGAACAAGUGUUUACGUGGAGAUGUUUUGUUUUUUUCAUAUACCACAUAUCAUGGAACACGACAGCGGCCCGGGCAGUUUGAGUUUUUCGGCAAAUGCGCAGAGCCCGAACCAGUCCCACACGCCGCAGAGGCGGCACAUCCGGCGGGCCCACCACCGAAGCGCCCCGGGUAGCGCCGGCACUUUAUCUCGAAACGGCCACCUUCCCGGUCGCCGGGGCAGUUCGUUUCACGAGGACGAGAUUCCUGGCACGCGGCAACGGCGAGCAGACUCGUUUCACGAGGGCGACCCCAGUGCACAUAAUUGCAGGCGAGGUGCGAGCCAAACGCCGAUCGACACCCAUCCCCAGGCGCAAACUGUGAUUGGCACCAUGGCAACAUCGAGCAGUGGCCCCAAUCAUGUAGUUGGUCCAGCAGCGGUGAUGGGUUCGCAAUGGGACCCUCAAGGCUACCCCCACGCGGCGCCGCCACCGCGUGUGGCUACCCGUCCCGGGAGCCGUCACGGCGCUGCAAGUCCUAUGCUGUUCAGUGGCCACAAUCCGUAUCCACUCCCGGCCCGGCAGCACAUCACGCACAAUGGUGUAGUGGAUACACAUAAUCUAGCCCCGCCCCAAGGUGGGGGGACCAGUUCCUGCGCGAGCUCGAGUACACUGCCCGGAGGUGGACACCAGGGGACUAUAAACGCAAUCACGGGCAUGUGGGGGCAGUCUCCGUCGUCGGCGCAUUCCCAACUGCACACGCCGGGCGGAAGCCACCAGAACCACACGAGCGGGAGCGCAACACCGGCUGCCUCGGUGAUAGGGCAAAGGUCCGCCGCGCCGCACGGCGUGGACAGUCCGCAUAGUGUAGGUCACCAGUCCGACCGAACCGUGCUUGAGCAGCUGAUGUCGCAGCCGCGCCGGGUGCGGGCGAGAGGGAAGACACGCUACGAAUCCGCGUGGGAGGUGAAAGAGUCGUCCAGUUGGCAGGAGCUGGGGGACAGCAUUGCAAAGAUGAUGAUCGAAGGCAGACAAGAAUCCAGUUUGCCGACCCCUGGCCCCGCGAUCCCCCCCGCCGCGGCAUCGUCCGGCAACGCGAUGGUAAACUCGCAGGCAGCGAGCAUGAGUGCCAGUUUUUGUCAGACAACUAGUAUGAACCAAACUUCCAGCUCGCAGCAGCAAGGUGGCACCAACAGCAGCCUCAGUGCCGAAGACACUAGCAGUUUGAUGGACAAGGACGAAGUCGAAGACCAGACCGGGCCAUUGCUGCCAAAGAUCGCCUGUCUUAUCGAGCGCGCAGGAUUUAUGAUAGGUACAUAUCUUUGGAACUAAUUUCUAUUUUGUAGUUGUUUUAUGCAGGAUCGUACAAGAACUCAAAUUCGCUUCCAUGACGAGCAAAAUACCACCUUAAUAAAUACAUCCGCAGACGAAGACUGGGGAUUGGGCCUUCUGCUUCGCAAACUCGUGUCGAAGCGGUCGCUCCUCAGCGCGCUACGAGACGAUGUCGAUAUGGAUGGCGGGUCUUCUCUCUUGAGUCGAAAGCGCAGUUUCGGGACUUCCUGCAGAACCAGCAGUGACGACGAAAUGGCUAGCGAGAUCGGCAUCGGCAUGAUUGGGUUGUAUUGA